AGGCAGGAGGAUUGCAAGUUUGAGGCCAGCCUGGGCUACAUAUCUCCAGAUACCUUCCACUGAGUCCAAUCACACUUCCGCCUCUCCUGAAUGACAACCCAGCAGUCCAGUGAGCGAAAACUACAGCGGGGAUUUAGGAGGCAGGAAACGCGGCCUUUAGAGUGCCGGCGCGCGACGGAUAACCGGCGUUGGGCGCCACUUCUGGUAGCACGCGGAGGCGAACGAGAAACCAGCACCAUGGCAGAACAGGAUGUGGAAAAUGAGCUUCUGGAUUAUGAGGAAGAUGAAGAGCCCCAGGCUCCUCCCGAGAGCACCCCCACGCUCCCCAAGAAAGACGUGAAGGGCUCCUACGUGUCUAUUCACAGCUCUGGCUUCCGAGAUUUCCUGCUGAAGCCGGAGCUCCUGAGGGCCAUUGUGGACUGUGGCUUUGAGCACCCCUCAGAGGUUCAGCAUGAGUGCAUCCCCCAGGCCAUCCUGGGGAUGGACGUCCUGUGCCAGGCCAAGUCUGGGAUGGGCAAGACGGCAGUCUUCGUUCUGGCCACCCUGCAGCAGAUUGAGCCUGUCAAUGGCCAGGUGUCAGUCCUGGUUAUGUGUCACACGAGGGAGCUGGCCUUCCAGAUCAGCAAGGAGUAUGAGCGCUUCUCCAAGUACAUGCCCAACGUCAAGGUGAGCCCUGGGCCACUGGGUGCCGCCUUGGCCCUGGCCCAGCAGCAUUUACCAAGCUUGGCCAGAGCUGCUGCCUUUGAGGUGUCUGUGUUCUUUGGGGGCCUCUCCAUCAAGAAGGAUGAAGACGUUCUGAAGAGAAACUGUCCUCACGUCGUGGUGGGGACCCCAGGUCGGAUUCUGGCGCUUGUGCGGAACAGGAGCCUCAACCUGAAGAAUGUGAAGCACUUUGUGCUUGACGAGUGUGACAAGAUGUUGGAGCAGCUGGACAUGAGGCGGGACGUGCAGGAGAUCUUCCGCCUGACACCCCACGAGAAGCAGUGCAUGAUGUUCAGUGCUACCCUGAGCAAGGAGAUUCGGCCAGUCUGCAGGAAGUUCAUGCAGGAUCCCAUGGAGGUGUUUGUAGACGAUGAGACCAAGCUCACGCUGCAUGGCCUGCAGCAGUACUAUGUGAAGCUCAAGGACAGCGAGAAGAACCGAAAGCUCUUCGAUCUCCUGGAUGUGUUGGAGUUCAACCAGGUGGUGAUCUUUGUGAAGUCGGUGCAGCGCUGCAUGGCCCUGGCCCAGCUUCUGGUGGAGCAGAACUUCCCAGCCAUCGCCAUUCACCGAGGCAUGGCACAGGAGGAGCGCCUGUCACGUUAUCAGCAAUUCAAGGACUUCCAGCGGCGGAUCCUGGUGGCCACCAAUCUAUUUGGCCGAGGGAUGGACAUUGAGCGUGUCAACAUCGUCUUCAACUAUGACAUGCCCGAAGACUCAGACACAUACUUGCAUCGGGUUGCCCGUGCAGGUCGCUUUGGUACCAAAGGCCUGGCCGUCACUUUCGUAUCUGAUGAGAAUGAUGCCAAAAUUCUUAAUGAUGUCCAAGACCGAUUUGAAGUGAAUGUGGCUGAGCUUCCAGAAGAGAUCGACAUCUCCACAUACAUUGAGCAGAGCCGGUAACCACACUCCUGGAAGGCUACCGCCACCCUGCCUCCUUUCCCUUGUGCAUGUCCUCCUCCAGUGACAGACGACAGAUGGGUGUCUCUUUUUACUGUUGAAAAGCUGUAGAUUUGUGUAAGAAUACAUUUUUUAUUAUGGAA